AGCUGCCAUCCACCUUGGGCGCCUUACCGAGUCAGACCACUGGGAGGCUUGGGGGAGCCGGCCUGGGCGAGAAGGCGAGCGAGAUGGUGGAGCUCUUAUUUUGACAGGGGCCUCUCCGGGCUCUGGUAUGAAGGCAGAAGGAGGCAGCCAGAGCCCCGAUGCUUAUUCAGGCUGGGGAGAGGAGCGGAGCGGAGAGGAGAGGGACCGGGAAAGAAGAAGGCGGAGGAGAAGGAGAAGGGGAGGAGGAGGAGGAAGAGGAGGAGGAGGAGGAAGAAGUGGUGGUGGAGGAGGAAGAGGAGAAGGCGGAGAGAGUCAGAGGAGGGAGCCGGACAUGCCCACGACCCGGUCCCGCUGGACCCCCGCCGGACGCCCGGACUCCAGGGUCCCAUCGCUGGCCCACCACUGGAAAGCUGUGACUGGGACUUUGGGCGUCUGACCAACACUACGCGUCCAGAACACCAGCGUCCCCAGCCCGCCCGGAGCACAGCCAUCCCCGCGGAUCUUAGAAGAAAGUGAAAGGAGGACUAGCCGAGCCGGGCGCCAAGCCUCGGGGCCAGAGAAUUCCCCCAGCCCACCUCUUCCCCCUCCCAGGCCCCUCCCGGUGCCCCGUGCCCACGACCAUGCCCCGGGGCUCGGAGACAAGAAGCCAGGCUUGGUGCGCCCCCCGGAACCUCCCUUCGGGGCCCGGCCGGUGUUGAGAUUCAGGCACCCAGGAUCAAAAAAGGACCAACACCCACCCCCCAUUCCGAUUAGUAUAUACACCGCCGUACCCCACAUCCAAAAAAAGAGAGCAAAAAUCCACCGCCCCAAGACCUGAUCAUGGAGUCCACCCCUGGCCUGGCGUGAAGAUUUCCCCCGAUCCUAGGAUCCAGGCACCUCCACCUCAGGACAGGAGCCCUCGGGAUCCUGCCACCAUCCCUCCCAGGCUCUCCAGCCCCAGCCAAGCCAAUGCACCCAGAAAAUAAACUGACCAAUCAUGGCAAGACAGGGAAUGGCGGGGCUCAGUCGCAGCACCAGAAUGUGAGCCAAGGACCCACUUGUAACCUGGGCUCCAAGGGCGUGGGGGCAGGGAAUCAUGGGGCCAAGGCCAAUCAGAUCUCCCCCAGCAACUCCAGUCUGAAGAACCCCCAGGCAUCUGUUCCUCCCUUUGGUUCACUCAAAGGGAAGGUGAAGAGGGAGAGGAGCGUGUCAGUGGACUCGGGGGAACAGCGGGAAGCUGGGACACCAUCCCUGGACCCAGAAGCCAAAGAGGUGGCACCGAGGAGUAAGCGCCGCUGUGUGCUGGAGAGGAAGCAGCCAUACAGCGGGGACGAAUGGUGUUCGGGGCCAGACAGCGAUGAUGACGACAAACCCAUUGGGGCCACCCAUAAUUGUAAUGUAGCAGACCCAGGCAUGGCCACCACACAGCUGGGCCCAGGUCCAGCCCCCCCACCACCCCUCAAUGAGAGUAGUGCCCCCGGAGCCCCCCACGGCCCCCCGGCUGGCCUUCGGACAGAGGGUCCUGGUGGUCCGGGAGGCCCAGGAAAGUCAAGCGCUCAGUUUGUCUAUGUCUUCACCACCCACCUUGCCAACACGGCAGCUGAGGCGGUGUUGCAAGGCCGAGUUGACUCCAUUCUGGCCUACCACCAGCAAAAUGUACCCCGUGCCAAGCUUGACCAGGCUCCAAAGGUGCCACCUACAUCGGAACCACUUCCUUUGAGCACAGCCUCAGCCGGUACCCCACAGUCCCAGCCGCCCCCUCUACCACCCCCUCCACCACCCCCUGGCAGCGCCCCCCCAGCUCUUCCUGCCUCCCUGCCUCCAGAGGGGCCACCUGAGGAUACACACAGGGAUCUAACACCCAACUCUGUGGGCGCCACCAGCAGCAAUGCAACAGGGGGAACCCACCCCAACACCCCUACAGCUGCCACUGCCACAAACCCCCUGGCCCCAGGAGGGGAGCCUGGGGGCGCCCCCGGAGGCCCCACCCUGCUAGGGGAGGGCACCCCCACGGGCAAUGGGCAGCGGGCCCUGACUGGCUCUGAGGGCCUAUCGAAGGAACAGUUGGAGCACCGGGAGCGCUCCUUACAGACACUACGGGACAUCGAGCGGCUGCUGCUUCGGAGCGGGGAGACCGAACCCUUCCUCAAGGCCCCUCCAGGGGCCGCAGGCGAGGGGGGGCCACCAGCACCAGCUCCCCCAGCACCCCAGCAACCCCCAGUGCCCCCACCUGGAGGCCUGAAGAAAUACGAAGAGCCCCUACAGUCUAUGAUUUCCCAGACACAGAGCCUCGGGGGUCCUGGGCUGGAGCACGAGGUACCAGGUCACCACCCAGGCGGUGACAUGGGGCAGCAGAUGAACAUCAUGAUGCAGCGGCUGAGUCAGGACAGUUUGACGCCUGAGCAGGUAGCCUGGCGUAAGCUGCAGGAGGAAUAUUAUGAGGAGAAGCGACGGAAAGAGGAGCAAAUUGGCCUCCAUGGAGGACGGCCCCUGCAGGAGAUGAUGCUGUCCCAGGGCAUGGGGGGCAUGAUGGUCCGGGGCCCCCCACCUCCUUACCACAGCAAACCUGGGGACCAGUGGCCUCCAGGAAUGGGGGCCCAGCUUCGGGGGCCUAUGGAUGUCCAGGACCCAAUGCAGCUCCGGGGAGGGCACCCGUUUCCUGGACCUCGUUUCCCUGGCAACCAGAUGCAACGGGUAUCUGGAUUUGGAGGUAUGCAAAGCAUGCCUAUGGAAGUGCCCAUGAAUGCCAUGCAGAGGCCUGUGAGGCCAGGCAUGGCUUGGACAGAAGACUUGCCCCCAAUGGGGGGGCCAGGCAACUUUGUGCAGGGUGCAGUGCCCUAUCCUGGUGGGCAGAGUGAGGCAGAGAGAUUCAUGACCCCCAGGGCACGUGAGGAGCUUCUGCGGCACCAGCUGCUGGAGAAACGGACGAUGGGCAUGCAGCGCCCACUGGGGAUGGCAGGCAAUGCCAUGGGACAGGGCAUGGAGAUGGAGCGGAUGAUUCAGGCCCACCGACAGAUGGAACCGACCAUGUUCCCUGGGCAGAUGACAGGCGGGGAGGGCCUGGCAGGUGCCCCUAUGAGCAUGGAAUUUGGGGGCAGCAGGGGUCUCCUGAGCCCUCCAAUGGGACAGUCUGGCCUGAGGGAUGUGGAUGCCCCCAUGGGGCCCGGCAACUUGAACAUGAAUAUGAAUGUCAACAUGAACAUGAACAUGAAUCUUAAUGUGCAGAUGACCCCUCAGCAGCAGAUGUUGAUGUCCCAAAAGAUGCGGGGUCCUGCAGACAUGAUGGGCCCUCAAGGCCUGGCUCCUGAGGAGCUGGCCCGUGUCCGGGCCCAGAAUGGCAGUGGCAUGAUGGGAGCACCCCAAAAGAUGCUUAUGCCUUCCCAGUUCCCCAAUCAGGGCCAACAAGGCUUCUCCAGUGGGCAAGGACCCUACCCUGCCAUGCCUCAAGACAUGGGUAAUGCCCCUGACAUGUUCAGCCCCGAUCAGGGCUCUAUGCCUGUGGGCAACCUGGGUACCACCCGGCUCAGUCACAUGCCUCUUCCCCCAGCACCCAACCCUCCGCCUCCUGCCCCCAUGCACCAGGCCCCAGCUAGAGGGCUGGGCCGACGGCCCUCAGACCUCACCAUCAGUAUUAACCAAAUGGGCUCACCAGGUAUGGGUCACCUGAAGUCACCUACCCUUAGUCAGGUGCAUUCGCCCUUGGUCACUUCACCUUCUGCCAACCUCAAGUCACCCCAGACACCCUCUCAGAUGGUGCCUCUGCCUUCUGCUAACCCCCCGGGGCCCCUCAAGUCUCCCCAGGUCCUCAGCUCUUCCCUCAGCGUCCGUUCACCAACUGGCUCACCCAGCCGGCUCAAGUCUCCCUCCAUGGCAGUGCCCUCGCCAGGCUGGGUGCCCUCACCUAAGACAGCCAUGCCGAGCCCAGGUGUCAACCAGAACAAGCAGCCAUCUCUCAACUUGAACUCUUCCAAUACCAUGAGCAACCUGGAGCAAGGUGCCCUCCCUCCCAGCGGCCCUCGGAGUAGCUCCUCUGCCCCACCUGCCAAUCCCCCCGGAGGCAUCAUGAACCCCAGCCUGCCUUUUACUUCUUCCCCAGAUCCCGCCCCUUCCCAGAACCCUUUGUCGCUGAUGAUGUCUCAGAUGUCCAAAUAUGCCAUGCCCAGCUCCACUCCCCUAUACCACAAUGCCAUCAAGACCAUUGCCACCUCGGAUGAUGAGCUUCUGCCCGAUAGGCCUAUGCUUCCACCGGGGACCAUGCCAGGGAUCAACACCAAUCAGCCCAACCAGUUGCACCUGAACUCGGCUGCCCAGAGCCCCAUGGGCAUGAACCUGCCUGGCCAACAGCCCUUGUCUCAUGAGCCCCCACCUGCCAUGCUGCCCUCACCCAACCCAAUGGGCUCCAACAUUCCGCUGCACCCCAAUGCACAGGGGCCUGGUGGUCCCCAGCCGAACUCCAUGAUGAUGCCCCCUGGUGCCCCAGAUUCCCUGAACCCCUCUUGUGGUCCCAUGCCCAACACAUCCCAAAUGAUGUCCUCUAACCAGCUGGUGUUCCCCCCUCGGCUACAACAGCCCCAUGGUGCCAUGCCCCCUGGGGGAGGAGGCGGUGGGGGUCCUGGCAUCCAGCAACAUUAUCCACCUGGGAUGCCCUUGCCCCCCGAGGAUCUGCCUAGUCAACCGUCAGGCCCCAUGCCACCCCAGCAGCAUCUGAUGGGAAAGGGGCUGGCAGGGCGAAUGGGCGAGCCAUAUCCUCCAGGAGUGCUACCAGGUGUGGCAUCAGUGCUGAAUGACCCUGAGCUGAGCGAGGUGAUCCGACCCACCCCAACAGGCAUUCCUGAAUUCGACCUGUCUCGGAUCAUCCCCUCGGAGAAACCCAGCAGCACCCUGCAAUACUUCCCCAAAAGCGAGAACCAGCCUCCCAAAACUCAGCCCCCCAACCUCCACCUCAUGAACCUUCAGAACAUGAUGGCUGAGCAGACCCCUUCCCGGCCCCCCAACAUCCCAGGUCAGCAGGGUGUCCAGAGGGGUCUCAACAUGUCCAUGUGCCACCCCGGACAGAUGCCCUUAUUGGGCAGGACAGGUGUGCCCCCACAGCAAGGCAUGAUGCCCCAUGGCCUCCAUCAGGGGGUCAUGUCCCCUCCUCAAGGCCUCAUGGCCCAGCAGAAUUUCAUGCUGAUGAAGCAGCGGGGUGUAGGGGGGGAAGUAUACAGUCAGCCCCCCCAUAUGCUCUCUCCCCAAGGCUCCCUAAUGGGUCCUCCACCCCAGCAGAACCUUAUGGUGUCCCACCCCCUGCGGCAGCGCAGUGUGUCUUUGGACAGCCAGAUGGGCUACCUCCCUGGUCCUGGCAACAUGGCCAACCUACCCUUCUAGCCAGCUUGGGAUAGGGAGGUGGGGUAUGUGGGUACAUGAGGUGGGGAGGAUCUGGUAUGGGAAAUUUUACAAACUUAAAAGAAAACUCAUCCCCUACAACUUUUGAAUGGCCUAGUGUCAUGGGGUGGGGGGUGGGGGGGCCUUGUGUGUUGGAGUGGCAUCUGUGGAAACCAGAUAUGCUGUUGGCUUGGGGUGAAAUAGUUGGGGGUGGGAGGGGGGAUUGUUAAUUUUGGUUUGGGUUUUUAUUCGGUUUCAGCCCCCAGGACUCCCUCUCUUCCUCUCCUUUCCUCCCUAUUCCAAUUUCUUGGGAGUUUGUUCUCCCCCUUUGUUGGUUACUCAGCAUCAGUGAAUUAACAUGUGUUUGUUGGUUCCAAACUCUGCUGGGACGAGGGCGAGAGAUAUCCAGGAAGGAGAAGACGUGGCCUGUCUCUUUCCUUUUCUGCUUUUGUCUCUUUGUCUUUCGGACUUGCCACCUCUAGGUCUCUGUCAUUCUCGUCUCUUGGUUUUCCUCUCUUGCUCUCCACUUCCCUUUUUCCUCCUGUCUUCCCAUCUCACUACUCCCUCAGAUUCCCAAGUGGUGUAGCUGAUGCCUCUCUUCUCUUUCCCCUAUCCCAUCACUUCCCCCAUGCAGACAGCUGGGUGGAUGUCAUUGGCCAUCACUGCUGUAAAUAAGGCCUGCGCUUUUGUGCCGGUGUGUGCGUGUGCUGUAUUUCUGUAUUUUAAUAGACGACUCAGAAAAAAGGAAAAAAGAACCCCCCCUUUUUUUAACCUGUGUUCUCCCCUGGCCCCCCAAAGAAAACCCAAUCCUCUGACAUCUCUCACUGGGACAUGCAGACACCCUCCCACACCAUUUGCAGAAAGGGCUCCUCUAGUGCAAGGUCACUCCCCCCCAAAACAUGGUGGCUCCAUAACUUCCUGCUUAGGGCUACCCAGGCAGGCUUCCACCUAAUACUUCCAUCCUGGGGGCACCUAGCAGGCUGGAUUGGGAUUUCGAAUGUCCCUUAAUGUCAGGUCCUUGCUUUCCCCAAGUUGUGCAUCUGGGGUGUCUGCCUCUGCCACCUUUCCUCCUCCUACAUCUUAGCCCCAACUUAAAAGCUUCUCCAGAGUGGAGAUGCCAGAGUAGGGACCUUAGGCAGGGGCUUCUCAUUCAGUCCCUCCUAAAUUCCAUUUGGGAUCUUGGAAGAGUUUUUUCUCUUCCUGAUGGCUCGGGAUCCCCGAGUCCCCCUGCCCAGUUAUGGAACAGAUUGUCAUGGCACCAGCAAGAACUGCGCCCUGCUGGAAUUGACCUUGUUACUUAAAACCAUGGGACUGUGCCACAUACCAGUGUCCUCCUGAAGCCACCACCCACUUCCUCUUACCAAAGGGGGAAGGAGAAGAGGGAAGUCUCUGAGUCAGUACCCCACCCCCACCAUGGGGACUGUCUUGUAGAAAAAGCCUCAUGGGUCCUUCCAGACAUUGAGUCAAUUGACCAUGUCCUCCUAUCCUCCAAGCCUCCAGAUCCUGUCUUUGGUAGGCUUGAAUCCCCUCUUCUCCUCCCUCUAAGAGUCUCCUGUCCCUUCUCUUCCAGUGGCCUCUCUCCAUCCUCCCAAUCAGGGAGGUUGUGGGGAUGGGCACCGUGAAUCAAAAGCCAUAGACAGCUGUGUGUUUUGUCUCCCAUUUGCCCUAAAAAAAGGAAUUAUUAUUUUUUAGUUUAGUUUUGUUUUCCUUUCCUGCCUUCAGGGAAGGCCUUUUGUGCUGAGGGCCAAUUCCAGAAGGAGAGGUGUCUCUUUCCCUUGGGAUAUAUGCCUCCCUCUCUGCCAGCUUUCCUGCCCCUCUAGGGACAGGCCCCCAGGUCAGUAGCCAUGAUACAAAGGGAUAUGGCCUCUUCCACCCCACUCCCCUCCCUGGCAUCUGGUGCUGUCCACCUGGCCCAUUGUCAGCCUAAUCAAGUUCUUUCUCCCCAUCCCUCCCCCAGAACAGCUCGGGGGGUCCAGGACAGAGUUCUCUUGAUUCUGAACACCACCUUCAUUCACAUCAGACUCUUCCUCAUCCUCCCACUCUCACUAGGCACUCUGCCCAUCCUGGGUUGUACUCAAAGAGAAUCAUCACCCUGUCUUCUUUCUCACCCUAGGAUGACCAACAUCUUGUCUCUUCCCAAGCCCUGGGGAUUCUUAGUGUUUCCUGAUCCUUAGGGGAGAGGAGCCACAUCUGACCCCUUCCCACUGCCCACAACAGGCAUUUUUCACCUCUUCACACCUUCUACCACCACUGAAGUCAACCCACCAGCCUCUACUCCCCCUUCCAAUUCAUGGCCAUACCCCCUGCCCCCAGCCAUUUUGUAUCAUUAUAUAAAUAUAUAUAUAUAUAUAAAUAUAAAUAUAUAAAUACAAUAUGUGAAGACAUCUUCUUGGUUUUUAUUUUGAAACAAUUUUUAGGCUUGUUUCGGGGGUCUCUGUGCUGCCUGUACUGUAUUGACCUGUUUUAUAGGUGCCUUUUUAUUAAAAAGAAAAACUUCAAAAACCAA